AUGGCUUAUUUGACGAAUUAUGCGAAAAACGACUUACAUAAAUUAGUGGCUAUCGCUCCAGCAUCGGAAAGAAAACAUAUUAGUUUGGAAAAUGAGACCUAUGUGAAAUAUAAUUACAAAAGUGCGAGCGUCGGAGGGCAAGCUGCUUCGAUUGCGAGAAGAAACGCUCGGGAACGGAAUCGCGUAAAACAAGUGAAUGAUGGAUUUAACGCAUUAAGAAAGAGAUUACCCGCUGCAGUUGUGGCAGCAUUAUCGGGAGGUGCGCGUCGGGGAUCGGGCAAGAAGCUCAGCAAAGUGGACACAUUACGAAUGGUCGUUGAAUACAUAAAAUAUCUACAAGGAAUUAUCGAGGAAAGCGAUGCGGCUAUGGGCAUUGAGAAAACCGAAACAUUCGUACCAGUUACGUAUGAAGAUGAAGGUGUUUUCGGUGAUAGAAGUUCUCCUUAUUCAGAGUCCGUGCCUUCUCCUGUUCAUUCGGAAUGUUCGUCAGGCGUUUCGUCGGAUUCACCUAGUAACGAUUAUCAUACGCAUUAUCAAAGCAAUUAUGAGUCGCGGUAUGAAAAUGAUGAUGCUGCACCGAUGGACGACAGUGAACUACUUGAUGCUAUAACUUGGUGGCAACAAAAAUAG